GCUGCAGGGGGAGUUGUCGUUGAUUGAAGACGGGGUCACUUUACUGUCUCGCUUUUCAUCCUUUUCACCGGUUUCUUGGUCCUUGAAUCAUGACUGGGAAAGUCACUUUAUUCUUCUCCGAUAUUUCAGGGAGUAAAGAGAUUAAAAAACGUCAGCAACGUAUCCGCACUGUACUUGAGGCACAGAAGCUACCUUUUGAUGUAAUUGAUGUGGCACAAGAUGAUAUUGCUUUGGAAAAAAUGAGGCAGCUUGCUGGAAAUGAAGAAGCAUUAGCUCCUCAAAUUGCAAAUGGUGAUGAGUACUGUGGGGACUUUGAAGCAUUUGAAGCUGCUAUUGAAGAAGAAACUUUAGAAGAAUUUCUGAAGUUAAAGUAGCAUUGUGACAUCAGAAACUGGAAAAAUAUUUAAAAGGGCAGAAUCAAUUGCUCACCAGCCACUUACAACACAGUUCAACUGAGUAGUGACCAGUCUUUAAUAUCAAAACCUGCUUGUAGCCAAAAAAAUGGCACUUAUUUUUGUACUUCAAAUUCCACGGUAAAUUUGAGACCAUAGGUUUAAGCCAUACUACUAAUAGUACUUACUAGAAAAUAAUGAUAUUAUCAGUCGUGUGCCAUUGAACUUCAGAUUCAAGGGCAGCCACAACCAUAUUGAGCUACAAAAUGCUGUUCAUGUCUUCACUGCAACAAUAAUGUCUUGAAUGUCAAACAGUUCAGCACAAUGGAAUUCUCUCUUUUGUUAUGAGUGACUUUCCAGUUGAACGGAAACAACAUAAAGUAUUUGAAGGUUUUAGCAAAAUAUAUACUGUAUAAUAGUAUACAUUUAAUUUCCAAGGUUUUGUUCUCGCUCGUUGAUUCAGCUACAUGUAGGAAGAGAGUGGCUGUAGGCUUAUGGUCUUAUUCAAAAAUAAUUCUUAAAUUUUUAGGAAAGCUCUUAACCACAAGUUAGACUGGAAGUCUCAAAGUCAAACAUUUAUAUUGCAAUGCCCAGUCAGAGUAAUUUUGAUACCUGGUAAAUUUGAAUUAUACCAGUCCAUGUAGUUUUCUAUGGCCUCAGGUGUCUUGCGGGGCAAUUGACAGGGAUAAGUUUGUAGUUUUCUAUUCUUGGCUCAGUUUGUAAGUUAUUACUAACAUGGCAUUUCUCAACAACUAUUUUAAAGAGUCAAAUUAUACGUGUUUCUUAAAAAUUUUCAAAUAUGAUAAAUCAUUGAAAGGUGUACUUAAGGUUUCUUGUUCUUGUACUUUCUUGGUCCUGUUGGUUGCCAAGUUUAGAAAACCAACUCAACCAAGAUGUUGAACUUUUUAACCAGUGCUUCAUUACUUAUCAGUGAUAUUUAAAAAUGAAUUUAAACAGCUGGCUUGUAGCUGGUGUAAGCUAUGGGUUUGAAUGUGUUGUCGGGAUCUUUAUUUACUCUCUGAAUUAGUUCUUUACUCUUUGUAAAUUUCAGUUACUUGUUUUUCUAGUGUUACCAGCAGCAUUUCCAAAUUAGCAUGAUCAGAAACUAUGUUUUGUACAAAUAUGUAACAGACGAGUGUAAAAGUAAAAGAAUAUUGAAACCUGCA